AUGACUAAAAGCAACGGAGAAGACCCGAGAUCUGGGAACAGGAUGGAGCGCUUCCAGCAAGGUGUGCGCCAACGCUCCAUGUUGGCCAAGAAGAAGAUGCAGAACAUCACGAAGGACGACGUGAAACGUUUCUUCGCGAAGAAUGGCUUUGUCCUGUUCACAGUCAUCGCUGUCAUUGUCGGUAUCAUCCUGGGAUUUUCUGUCCGAUCGUAUAAAAUGUCCUUCCGGGAGAUCAAGUACUUCUCCUUUCCUGGAGAGCUGCUGAUGAGAAUGCUCCAAAUGCUCGUCCUUCCUCUCAUUGUAUCCAGUUUGGUUACAGGUAUGGCCGCCCUGGACAGUAAGGCUUCUGGGAAAAUGGGAUUAAGAGCCGUUGUCUACUACAUGACGACAACGAUCAUCGCUGUAAUCAUUGGAAUCAUCAUCGUCGUCGUCAUCCACCCCGGAAAGGGCACCAAAGAAAAUAUGCAUCGAGAGGGAAAAAUCGAACCAGUUACAGCUGCCGAUGCUUUUAUGGAUUUAAUCAGAAACAUGUUCCCUCCAAAUAUGGUGGAAGCCUGCUUCAAACAGUUCAAGACACACUACGAGAAGAAACAGUUCAAGAUUUAUGUGCCGAAAAAUGAAUCAGUUUUCACUGAAGUCAUGAACAACGUCUCAGAUGCCAUGGCGUCAUUGGCCACAUUUCGAGAGGAGGUAGUGCCCGUUCCGGGGGCAGUGAAUGGAGUAAAUGCACUGGGACUUGUGGUGUUCUCCAUGUGCUUUGGUCUGGUGAUUGGAAACAUGAAAGAACAAGGCAAACCAUUAAAGGACUUCUUUGACUGCCUCAAUGAGGCAAUUAUGAGAUUGGUUACCGUAAUUAUGUGGUAUGCUCCAUUGGGAAUCCUCUUCUUGAUUGCUGGGAAGAUUGCUGAGAUGGAAGAUAUGGGGGUGGUUGGAGGACAGCUUGGCAUGUACACCAUCACUGUUAUUAUAGGCUUGCUUAUCCACGCCGUCAUUGUCCUUCCUCUCCUUUACUUUCUUGUCACCCGUAAAAACCCUUGGGUGUUCAUCGGAGGAUUGAUUCAAGCCUUAAUCACAGCUCUGGGCACCUCAUCGAGCUCAGCAACUUUACCGGUUACAUUUAGGUGUCUCGAAGAAAACAAUAAGGUGGAUAAGAGGGUGACCCGAUUUGUGCUACCAGUGGGAGCUACAAUCAAUAUGGACGGCACAGCCCUCUAUGAGGCCCUAGCUGCUAUUUUCAUUGCUCAAGUCAACAAUUAUGACCUUAAUUUUGGACAGAUUAUUACAAUCAGCAUCACAGCCACAGCUGCAAGUAUUGGAGCCGCUGGAAUCCCACAAGCCGGCCUUGUCACCAUGGUUAUUGUGCUGACGUCGGUGGGAUUGCCAACAGAAGACAUCACAUUGAUCAUUGCAGUUGAUUGGUUUCUGGACCGACUCCGUACCACCACAAACGUGCUUGGGGACUCUCUUGGUGCUGGAAUAGUGGAACAUCUGUCCAGGCAUGAGCUGAAGCAGGCUGAUACAGAAAUGGGCAACUCAGUGAUUGAGGAAAAUGAAAUGAAGAAACCAUACCAGCUGGUCUCCCAGGAAAACGAAACCGAGAAACCCUUAGACAGUGAAACUAAGAUGUAGGUGACCUCCAGUGUCUUCUGACUGGAAAUGCAUCCAUUCCAUUUUGUUUUAACUUUCAAACAUAUCGUCUGGUGCCAGUGUGACUCUGGGUGUAUCCAGACAACCACCAAACACAGGUGCCACAAUACCCGUUUUUUUAAAUAAUAUUUUGCCAACGUGGCUUUGACCAGUUUGUGCUAACCAGGUGAUGAUAUUGCCAUGUUUGUAUAAGAGUUUUAUUUUAUUAUGUUUUUUUUAUGUCUUUAUAUGAUUUGGGAACAAGAGGUGUAGCUAUGGGGGGCAGUGGAAGCAAUCACACCUGGGCCCUGCCUCUUAAUGGGACACCAGUAUUUUAAAUGUCACAUGAUAAGCAGGGGCCUGUUACUGUUGCCUCUCUUGGGAAUGUGAGGGGUGGGACUUAUUGGGAAUAAAUUCAAGUUUACUCUCUAAUGAUUGCAUGCCAUAGACGCUGUCAAUACAACUUCUAUGGGAGAAAAUGGGGAGGUGGGUCCCAUCCAACUUUUCCCAAAUGGGUGGAGUGAAGUUGAAAAGGGCUCUUUUUUUUCUUCAACAUUAGCAAACAAGGAGUAGAACACUAGAUCAAACCUAACAACCUAACAAUCUAGGACAAGCACUCUUGACCCCACUCUUGAUACCAUUUUAUGGUAGGGGUCAAGGCAUGGAAGUGGCCCCAUUUUGCUAUAGGGUCACAUCUUCUUUACAUAGACCCCUGUUCUCUCAAAAACUGUAUUUCCUAAGUCUGGUUAAUUGACCUAACGUUUUGGGCUACCUAAAUUUUAAUUACAAAGUACCCCCUAGAUUUUAAAGAGGGAGCUAACACUGAUAGCCCCUUAGACAGGGUAUCUCUGAUGUCAAAAGUAUUUUGAAGUAAUUCUUCUAAAUGUAACAAAUGAGAAUACAUUUCGAGGACCAAACUUUUAAGUGUUACUGUGAGAAAAUGUUACCAUUUAGGACCCUGACCAAUUGGCUGGCUCUAAAGAGUGUAUCUGUCUUUGGAGGACCCAGCACGUCCCUACAUGACAGAAGAACUCCACAGAUUUUUAUAGGUAAUGUGCAAUGCUUCGCUUCACCUGUGGUGGUGCUGCUGUGGAAUUGAACACUUGUUGGUGGAUUCCUGGAGCAUUAGAACACACUGUGAUAAGCUUAUUCUGAUAAGCUGAUUCUUCCAAUCAAAAGGGAUUGUUGACAACCCCUUUAAAUGUGAGCUACUAUUACUGUGAAUUGUACACAUUUAAAAGGGAUAUACUAGGUUUUUGCUAAACGAAAUGCCCCGUAUCGGAUACACACUUGUGGGUCCUCGAAUAUAAAAAUAGAUUUUAUUACUAUUGUAUUAUUGCUGGAAUUUUUUUAUUAUUAAUUUCUACUAGAUUUACUUGGAGGCUGGAUUUUAUUUUAUUAAUUUCUACUAUAUUUACUUGAAGGCUUCACACUCCUCUGUCUUUUCCUUACAGAGUACAAUAACACUUGUUGACAGCCAAGGCUACUGCUAUUUUUAUAUAUAUAUUUUUUUUAAUUUUGAUAUAUUGAUGCUGCUCUCAGUCAAAAUUAUUGUAGUGUGUGUUCACCUAAUCAUGUUGGAUCCUAAUCAUAUAUAUGAGACUCAAACUUUGCACCAGUCCAUUAGGAUGAGUUUUCAUACAGAAUCCACACAUCGACCUCUUAGGCCUCGACUUGGUCCUAAAUUGGGAAAUUUUCGAUAAUUGACUCUUAUUGUGUAUAUGCCAACUGGAUCCAUGUAGAAAUAUUUUUUGAACAUAUUCAUAUGUGACCUCAUAUUAAUGUUUUUGAAGGUAGUUUUUACCAUUAUGGUUAGAUGUGUGAUGUUGGUGAAGUAGGAGGACCCAACAACGUCAUGCCACGUGCCCUAUAUGGGGUCACACACAGUCCUCUGGUUCUAGACUACAUAUGCCACCAUAUGGGAGAACACCUCCAUGGUUGUCUACACAUUGAAAUUGCCACCAUUUCUCAUGGAUUAUAUAUGAAUCCUGAUAGAGAUGCAGUAUGGGUCAAUAGCAAUCUGAUAUAAAGCAAGGGCCAUAUUUUAGGGAGGGCACAAGGCCUGGGGCCUCUACAACCAUGUAGAACUAGGUCCAUCCACCACCUCCCUAACCGAUGGUCAUUUGCUGAUCCUAUCCAGGCAAAUAUAGGUGGUUCAGUGGUUCCACACGAGUGUGACUUAUUUUUGAAGUCUAAGAGAGUGACCUGCUUACCUGUCUCCAUUACUCCCAUAGACUUCAGUGUCAAAAGUCAUGCACAGCCCCCUUUCUUAUACGUGGCUGAGAUAGGAAGCUUAGAUACUCUGGGUCCCAGAGGUAGAAUUGGGGCCCACAACAAUUUUUUUUAUUUUUGCCAAGGGGCCUACACUAACCUUAAUUUUGCCUUGAGUAUAGUUAUGUCUAUGAACCCUUAGAAUUCACAAGUCCUUAUUCAGUGACCACUGCAAUUUUGCUGCAAUAUUAUUUUUCACGUAGACUGCAACACAGUGGAAAAAUAGAAUCUAGAAGAAAGCAUGUGUCCUUCAUGUGCAAUUUUGACCUGCCAUACCCACAUGUGGGUAUGAAUGUAUUAUUAUAAGAGCCCCUAGUACACGUAGCCUUAUGGUUACAAAAUUAAUGAGAUGGUCUAUGCACAGGGAAGAAUAUCUCCUUAAAACGGCAUGAAUCCUCUCUGCAUGAAACCUCUGUGUGUACCCAUGUAUAAAAUCAGACAUUUUGGGUGUAAGGUAGUUUAUGGGCACCGUCUUACGAAUUAAUAAAAAAUGGACCCUAUAAUCGCCAGGUGCAUGAGCCCUUAUUGAAAUCCAAGACAUGAUAUAUAUAUACACAAGUGGGAUAUUGCAGCUCCAUUGAAGUGAAUAGUACAGAGCUGUACUACAGCAGACAACCUGUGAACUGGGUGCCACUGUUUUUAGAAGAAAGUUGCCAUGUUUUUAUUAUCCUGGAGAAAUCCCUUUAACAUUUUUUUUUGGAGUGUGAUACAAAUACUCACCAGACAUUGAACCCAAAUGUAUCUCAGUCUCUGUUGAAAGUUAUAUAAUACCUGUGUAUAUAAAAUGUGUGAAAUAAGAGAUCAUUUUUUUAAAGUGCAGAGUAUAUACUAUCUUCAUAUGCUAGAAAUUUUUAACUGGGUACUUAAAAAAAAAAAUCUACAGGCAUUGCAAGUCAGAGAUAUACAGUACAAUAUAAAUGUUAUAUUUUGCUAAUAUGACUAGAGAAACACAGAUCUUAUAAAAUUUAACUAGAGAUUUUUAUAUUAGAUGCAAAACAAUGUACAAAACUUAACUGUAGAGAGUAACUAUGUUUUUGAAUUUUGUGAAGUCCUAAUGUGGAAAUUUGCCAUUUAUUUGUUAAAAAUGUUUAAAACAAUAAUUUGUCUUUUUGUCAUAUAACUAACUGUUUUCAUGAAUCGGGUACAAUAGAAAUUUCUUUCCACAUGUACUUUACUGGUUCUGUUUUCAUGUACCCAGUGUGGAUUGAAGAAUUGUAAUUUGUAGGUAUAUUUUCAAUAAAAAAUAGAUUAUA